AGCCUCUUGUUUAAUCCCAGUAACAAAAUUUAUUAGGUUUAACUUAACUAAAUAUAAUCAUUUUAUGCUGACUGCACACUGAAACAUACUCUACUUGUAGUUGUACACUCAGGAACUGCUCAGUAAACAUGCAGACUGCAUUCACACCCCAGGAGCAACAGUUGCUGGAUCGUCUAAGGGAGAAAUAUAGUGGUCUUCAAGCGGUUCCAGCGGGUGCAGCGGACGAGGUCAACGCACCAUGCAUGAGCUGCAGCGAGGAGGCGCGCCCCGCAAGCCAGGCGGAGCUUUCUUCGAGCUCGUCUCGCAGCACGUCAAGUGUGCACGCGUCCGUCUGCGCGCACUGCCACGGAACGGGGACGCUGGUUGAAAUUUACAACCACCGCCGGCUCGAGAAUUUCUGCAAGGACUGCGAUGGGCGCGGUGUGCGUGUGUUCAAGUACGGAGAGGAGGUACAGCCCGGGGCCACGGCAGGGGGGGGCCCCCGUACUAGCAGCACCGCGGCGGCUCCUGCCGGCGUAGUGGCCCUGCACAGCAGCCACGCGGGCACUGCGGCGGCGGCGGCGGCGGCAAACAAGGGAGGUACCGGCGGCGGCGGUACCGGCACGGCCCCAGAUGGCGACGAGGUGGACGCGGUCCAUGGUGCCGGUGACAAGGCGGCUGCACUGCAGCGGGACUUGAGCCGUAUUGCGGCCAGGGCGGCCCUUUACAGCAAGGAGCGCUUUGAUACACUGGCGUUGCUGCAGCAGCCGCACCGCAGCGGGGCAGGCGACCAAGAAGGCCGGGAUCAAGCAGCGCGAGACCUGCUGGCUCAGCUGGAUUUGCAGUUGGAGAGACUCGAACUCGCGCGCCGCAAGAAGGAGCGUGCGCUAGAACGCCUAACCGGCGGCGGUGGCGAUGGUGGCGGCGGCUCAGGCACCAAGUCUGCCAGUUUGAGUUUGAGUGACAUCAUGGGGUAG